GGGGGGAGGCGCGUAGGCGGCAGCGUCCUCCUUUUGUGCGAGCGCUGGUUAGGCUUCUCGAAGGAAAAGAAACUGAGGCGUGGAGUUUGAAUAACACGUUCAAGGUAACCGAGUUGAUAGGACAAUGACAGAAUCACCAGCACUGGCUGAAGGUACCUUAACAUGGGGAAUCUUCUUAAAGUUUUGACAUGCACAGACCUUGAGCAGGGGCCAAAUUUUUUCCUUGAUUUUGAAAAUGCCCAGCCUACAGAGUCUGAGAAGGAAAUUUAUAAUCAGGUGAAUGUAGUCUUAAAAGAUGCAGAAGGCAUCUUGGAAGACUUGCAGUCAUACAGAGGAGCUGGCCAUGAAAUACGUGAGGCAAUCCAGCAUCCAGCAGAUGAGAAGUUGCAAGAGAAGGCAUGGGGUGCCGUUGUUCCACUAGUAGGCAAAUUAAAGAAAUUUUAUGAAUUUUCUCAGAGGUUAGAAGCAGCACUACGAGGUCUUUUGGGAGCCUUGACAAGUACCCCGUACUCUCCCACCCAGCAUUUAGAGCAAGAGCAGGCUCUUGCUAAACAGUUUGCAGAAAUUCUUCAUUUUACACUCCGGUUUGAUGAACUCAAGAUGACGAAUCCUGCCAUACAGAACGAUUUCAGUUAUUACAGAAGAAUGUUGAGUCGGAUGAGGAUUAAUAAUGUUCCAGCAGAAGGAGAAAAUGAAGUAAAUAAUGAAUUGGCAAAUCGAAUGUCUUUGUUUUAUGCUGAGGCAACCCCAAUGCUGAAAACAUUAAGUGAUGCCAUGACAAAAUUUGUCUCAGAGAAUAAAAAUUUACCAAUAGAAAAUACCACAGAUUGUCUAAGCACCAUGGCUAGUGUUUGCAGAGUCAUGCUUGAAACACCAGAAUACAGAAGCAGGUUUACAAAUGAAGAAACAGUAUCCUUCUGCUUGAGAGUAAUGGUGGGUCUUAUCAUCCUCUAUGACCAUGUGCAUCCAGUAGGAGCAUUUGCCAAAACCUCCAAAAUUGAUAUGAAAGGUUGUAUCAAAGUUCUUAAGGACCAGCCUCCCAACAGUGUAGAAGGUCUUCUAAAUGCUCUCAGGUACACAACAAAACAUUUGAAUGAUGAGACUACCUCCAAGCAAAUUAAAUCCAUGCUGCAGUAACAGUCCUGGAGUGGGCCCUGCUGUGGACAGAAGACAGUGUUCUGCAAUGACUGAGAAUGCACAGUUUUUUAGUGAUUGCAAUUACUAUCUCAUUUAUUCUUGCUUUUAUUUCUCUUCCCUCUUUUUUAAUCAUGUUCUUGUUCUUAAGACUUCUUUUCUGUGCCAAAAUCAGUAAAGUUACACUCUGAAGGGAUAUUGUCCUUUCAAAAAGGCCAUCUAAGGCAGCUAAUUAUGCAUUGCAUUGGGGUCUCUACUGAGAAAAAUUCUGUGACUUGAACUAAAUAUUUUUAAAUGUGGAUUUUUUUUGAAAACUAAUAUUUAAUAUUGCUUCUCCUGCAUGGCAAAACUGCCUAUUCUGCUAUUUAAAAGCCCUCAACAACUUUAUUUUCUACUGCCGCUUUUUUCAUGUGCAGCCAAAAUGAAAAUGUUUAAAUUAAUUGUGUUGUACAAAUGGUACCCAACACAAACGUUUUUUAAAUUAGUAAGACUUUUGUUUAAAGUUUUAAUUUUGCAUUUUGACUUUUUUUGUAAGGAUGUAUGUUGUGUGUUUAACCUUUAUUAACUAACGUUAAAAACUGUGAUGUGUGCGUAGAAUAUUACGUAUGCAUGUUCAUGUUUAAAGAAUGGCUGUUGAUGAUAAAAUAAAAAUCAGCUUUCA